AAUGGAGGCGAUUUAGACUGAAGUGGGACCGCGUCUGUCAAAAGCCGUACUCGGCAGCAGCGGCGGAGUCCAGAAGGAGAACUGGAGCCGCCGCACUGCCUCCCCGCCCCCGCCGGGAUUUAUUGAGUAUUUGGUCUGGACAAUUAAGUGGCCCUGAUGAUGUUACCAAGCCCGGUCACCUCCACCCCUUUCUCAGUCAAAGACAUUUUGAAUCUGGAGCAGCAACAGCAACAGCACUUCCACGGCGCGCACUUGCAGACGGACUUGGAGCACCACUUUCACUCGGCGCCCUGCAUGCUGGCCGCUGCUGAGGGGACGCAAUUUUCAGACGGAGGGGAGGAGGACGAGGAAGAAGAGGGCGAGAAACUGUCCUAUUUAAACUCAUUAGCUACAGCCGACGGCCACGGGGAUUCGGGACUGUGCCCUCAGAACUAUGUCCACACGGUUCUGCGAGACUCGUGCAGCGGGCCUAAGGAACACGAAGAGGAGUCCGAAAUCGUGAGGGACCGCAGCCAAAAAAGCUGCCAGCUGAAGAAACCUCAGGAGGCGGCUGGAGACUGUAAGACGGCGGAGGACAGCGAAAGGCCGAAGCCACGAAGCCGCCGGAAGCCCCGGGUCCUCUUCUCGCAAGCCCAGGUCUUCGAGCUGGAACGCAGAUUCAAGCAGCAGCGGUACCUGUCGGCUCCUGAGCGUGAGCACCUCGCCAGCAGCCUGAAGCUCACGUCCACGCAGGUGAAGAUCUGGUUCCAGAAUCGCAGGUACAAGUGCAAGAGACAACGGCAGGACAAGUCUCUGGAGCUGGGCGCCCACGCGCCCCCGCCGCCGCCGCGCCGCGUGGCCGUACCGGUGCUGGUGCGGGACGGCAAGCCGUGCGUCACUCCCGGCGCGCCAGCCUACGGCGCGCCCUACAGUGUGAGCGCGGGCGCCUACUCCUACAACAGCUUCCCCGCCUACGGUUAUGGGAACUCGGCAGCCGCCGCCGCGGCCGCCGCUGCUGCAGCCGCCGCCGCCGCGGCCUAUAGCGGCAGCUACGGCUGUGCGUACCCGGCGGGAGGUAGCGGUGGUGGCAGCAGCGGGGCCAGCGCGGCGGCUUCGGCCAUGCAGCCUGCCUGCAGUGCGGCCGGAGGCGGCCCCUUUGUGAACGUGAACAACCUGGGAGGCUUUGGCGGCGGUGGCGGCACUCAGCCCUUGCAUCAGGGUGCGGCGGCUGGGGCCGCGUGCGCUCAGGGCACCUUGCAGGGCAUCCGGGCCUGGUAGGGACUGGUCAGGUCACGCGGCUGGCGCCCCUCCGCAGCCUGGCGCCGCGGGACUGAAGUGCGAGAAAGGCUGGAUCCAAGGAAAGGCCAGGUCCCCUCGUUAAAAAUAUAAAUGUAUGUAUACACACACACGUCUCGCUUCCCAGGGCCCCCCCGAAGCGCAGCUCACGCGACGCCUGGGGAACGGGGCUCAGGGGUGAAAAUACCCGGUAGCUGUCGCGGAGACUGUCUAUAAGGCAGAAACGCCGGCUGGGUGCCGAGAGGAUGAUGGCCCCGAGCCUGGCUCCGAAAGGAGUGCGAGAGGCUGGGACUCUGGCUGCCGCUCGGUUCUCCCAGAGCGAGAAGGGCUUUUCUCCCUCGGCCUUCCCGCGGCCUCCGCGAGGCACUGGCAGAGAACUCAAGGACGAAAAAAGCAUGAAGGAGAGAAAAAUGGGCGUAGUGGCUUGAGAAAUCCCAGGCCCUACAGACCCUCUGCCCCCUUUGCGGGGUCGGAGCGCCACACCACAGUCCAUUUUCCUUUUCGAAUCGCCUGCCCUCCGCAAGGAAUACCUUGGCCUGGAUUUCUGGAUUGUCAGGCGGGGUAGGACUCUGCGAGAAAAACCAGAGAAGCGAGAUCAAAAGUUGGGGGCCGAACAAAUCUGGGACCUGGUGGCCCACCGAAGGUGUUACUGGGUUUCCUUUCUGUUUCAUAUUCUGUAUUCAACACAUAUAAUAUAUAUCUAACUAUAUCCACACACCAUGUACACACCCGCUGCCAUACACUACAGGAGUCAAUAAACAAGGUGCAAUAUUUUCAAA